UGAAAGUAUGUCAUUUAUAAUUAGUAAUAUUUUUUACCAUCCAAAUUCUUAUAAAUACAUAUCAAAAAAUUCAAAAUUGUUAUAUUUGUAAAAAUUUUCUAUCAAAAUGGGCAACAUCUUACUUUACUGUUAUAAUGAAAAUGAAAAAGAUAAGAACGUUAUACAUUUAUCAGAAAGCUGUAUAGAAAGGCUUACAAAGGAACACAAUGAAUUCUCACUACACCGUCCGUAUCAGCUACCUUCCGUGUCCUUUCCGUUUACGUAAAAUAUUAAAUCAUUUAAAUGAAUAGGACCACGCACACACUAUCCGUUCCCUUUCCGUAAAGUUUCUCUGGUUACGUUUUCUAAUGUAAAUACAAUAAAAUUAUAUGGAAGGUAUACGGAACGGAUAUGGAACGAAAACCGAAGAAGAAAUAUCAAAAGAAGGAUUAGACAAAUUGACAAAUAUUGAAGAAAAAAAAUGGAUGAUUAAAUUAAGAUGUUUCGACGAAGAACAUUCUAACCUGUAUGGAUUAACAUUAAAAGCUUUUGAAGAUCUCGCUUUUCAAGUUGAAAGCCAAAUUGAACCAAUUAGACCCCGAAUCUGUUCGCACGAUGAGAUUGUUCAGUGCCUGAAAAGAAACGCUUCCUGUUCAAUAAGAUGUCGCCCAAUUAUGGAACGGUAUAUCGACUGCAUAGAAACAUUUAGAGUUAAUAUUAUUAAAGAACAAAUUGAGUGCGAAUUGAAGGAGAAGCGCAAGGAAGAUCAAAAAAUAGUAGAACACUUUUUAAAAAAUGAUUCACCAAGUCAAUAUAAUUGAAUAAUUGAUUAUUAUUCAUCUAUUACAUAGAACAACGAUAAAAUAUUUUUAUAAUAAUUCAAUAUUAGAGAAAGCUAUCGUUUUUCCAAAUUCCUAAACUUUGCUGCCAAUCUUUUUGUAUAUACAUCUAAUUUGUAUGCUGCUUGUUCCAACUUUAUUACACUAUCUUCUACAGACCUGGUCAAUCUGCUGCAACAAUAGCAGUAGAAAAUUACCUGAAAAUGAAACGAACAAUAUAUUUACGCUUUAUGAAUAUACAUACCAUUUGUCAUUGAGCCCCAAUAUACUUUUUCACACAUUUAAA